AGGGCGCGAACUUGCUGGAAUAACAAGAGACUCAACAAACAGCGAUAGACAUACAGAAAACAAAACAAAAUAAAUCGUGACAAAUCCAGGAAGGGAGAGAGAGAAAACAACAGGCGAUCAAGAGCAACAGUAACAAAAAAAUUCCCACAUUAUUAAAGGACAAAGUCAAGGUGGAAGUGAAUAUGCGCACAAUCUUUUAUGGAAAAGGAUUUAUGUGAAAAGUAUUGUCUAAUAAGCAUCAGUGCAAGUGACUGCUUGACUUUUUAAGACUCAUACGAGUGCUUGCCUUGAUUGCAACAAAGGACUCGUAUAUAUUGAGCAGACUUUAUUAUCUCUUCAUUUGAAGAGGUUUAAACUAUUACAGUUUCUGUAUGAACCUUGGGCUGUAAACUGAAACUGCAUAUAAACAUAUAAAUACAAUGACCACAGCCAGGACGGAAAAUCCCGUUAUCAUGGGUUUGUCUACUCAGAACGGGCAGUUGAGAGGCCCACUGAAACCCAGUGCAGGCCCAGGAGGGAUGCCGUCGCCACAAGUCUCUCAGACCAACCAACAGCUACAGCAGCUGAAAAAUGCCAGCACACUUAAUGGCACUCAGCAGCAAGCACAUACAACCAGCAGUACUAUUAAACCAGGUGAUGACUGGAAGAAAAGUUUAAAAUUACCUCCAAAAGACAGGAGGAUGAAAACUUCGGAUGUAACAGCCACGAAAGGAAAUGAAUUUGAAGAUUACUGCUUGAAGCGUGAGUUGCUAAUGGGCAUUUUCGAAAUGGGCUGGGAGAAACCGUCACCAAUCCAGGAGGAGAGUAUUCCUAUUGCGUUGUCUGGCAGAGAUAUAUUGGCCCGAGCCAAAAACGGAACAGGUAAAAGUGGAGCCUACCUCAUUCCAUUACUUGAACGGCUGGACCUGAAAAGAGAUUGUAUUCAAGCUAUGGUAAUCGUGCCUACCCGAGAGUUGGCACUGCAAGUCAGUCAAAUCUGUAUCCAAGUCAGCAAGCAUAUGGGUGGUGUGAAAGUGAUGGCUACCACAGGAGGAACCAAUCUCCGGGAUGACAUCCUGAGGCUCGAUGAGACAGUCCACGUGGUGAUUGCAACCCCUGGAAGAAUCCUUGAUUUGAUUAAAAAAGGCUUGGCUAAAGUGGACAACAUACAGAUGAUUGUAUUAGAUGAGGCAGACAAAUUGCUGUCACAGGACUUUGUGCAGAUGAUGGAGGACAUAAUCUCUACAUUACCAAGAUCCAGACAAAUCUUGCUUUACUCUGCCACGUUCCCACUCAGUGUACAGAAGUUUAUGAAUUCACAUUUGCAGAAACCAUAUGAAAUUAACCUGAUGGAAGAGCUGACACUGAAAGGAGUAACCCAGUACUAUGCCUAUGUUACAGAACGGCAGAAAGUGCACUGUCUCAACACUCUCUUCUCUAGGCUUCAGAUUAACCAGUCAAUUAUAUUCUGCAACUCCUCCCAACGAGUGGAGCUGCUGGCUAAGAAAAUUUCCCAGUUGGGUUACUCCUGUUUUUACAUUCAUGCUAAAAUGAGGCAGGAGCAUCGUAACCGUGUGUUCCAUGAUUUUAGAAAUGGAAUGUGCCGCAAUUUGGUUUGCACUGAUCUGUUCACUCGUGGUAUUGAUAUCCAAGCUGUGAAUGUUGUAAUAAACUUUGAUUUCCCAAAGAUUGCAGAGACCUAUCUACAUCGAAUUGGCAGAUCAGGACGGUUUGGCCACCUGGGGCUGGCAAUCAACCUCAUCACGUACGAUGAUCGCUUUAAUCUAAAGGCCAUUGAGGAGCAACUCGGAACAGAGAUCAAGCCCAUCCCUGGGAGUAUUGACAAGAGUUUGUACGUUGCAGAGUACCACAGUGAGCCAGAUGGGGAGGACAAACAGUAACCGUGCAAACAAACCGGCACUGAUCACGGAAUACAGAAACGAAGAGUUUUUUUUUUUGGCCUGGUCUGGAACACAUCAUUUCUUGGGAUACCCUUCUCUUUCAUUUGUCUCAGACAACAUCAUUAUUUUCCUUCAUUUGAUGACACAAAGUGUAGUUCCCUGAUUUUUUUUUUUGUGAAGGACCAUUUCUUCCUGAGCUCAAUGGUUUGCACUGUGUGCAGGGAGUGGACAACUAUUGCACUAACUGGCACGGGGGUUCUAGACUAAGCGGCACUGAAGAGCUGAACUGAACAGCGAACAGCACACUUUGUUGACUCCUCCUUUUUCUUCUUUACCCCCUCCAUUUUAUCUUUAUUUUUGCUGAAGCCACUGACCAGGAUAUUCAUCUGAUGGCUUCUCAACUUCUCCCAGCACACACACAUCAGUCUUAGGCUACCAAGUUUUUAUGGUAUUUGUAUAAAGUGCCUUACGGUGAUGCAGGACCAUAUGAAUACCAUCCCUAGAUUAUAGCCAUCUGUCGCUUAUUUUUGUCAGGGUUGGGAGGGGGGAUUAUGUGACAUUAACUUCAUCUGUUUUCCAUUGGUGAGAGUUAAAUGGAAUGUAUUUGGUUGGGGGGGGGGGUGUGUGGUUGAGUGGGGGCAAAGAAGAGAAGAAAAAUCUGCAAGAUUUUAGUGUUUUAAUUUUUGAAGGGGACUAUUUUCCUUGGAGAAGUUGAGCUGGAACUCCAGAUGAGAUGUCAUCUUGAUGUAUAUAUGUUAAAUAUGUUGGGGCUAAUUUUGUUGACUUUGCGCUCAGAAGGAAAGCUUGCUUUGUGCAUUUUUAAAAUUUUUUUGUUUUCUUUUUGGAGGUUGGCCGCAAAACUCCAAGCAUAACCCUAGCAGAACACUAAAGAACCCCCCCACCACCCUCCAACCCUCAGCCUACCACUUCUCCAUCCCCCUCCUUCCCUUCUGCUCUCCUUUGCUCCCUCCUCUCCCUUAGACUUGAAUGUAGACUGUUCUGCAGCAACUACACUCUGACUCGGGGACUUCUUAACACAGGCAUCUAUUUUCCUUCUGACAGCAAGAUGAAGUGUGUCCCACAGAAGAUUGAUGUGUAUACACCUGUAAACAUGUAAAUAGGUUUUUUCUAUCAUCUUGUUACCUUUGAUAUAAAAAAAAUUGGUUACUGGGGCUGGUAGGGAAUGUGUAGGAUGUUGUUGUGAAGCUCCAGCUGUGAGGGGCACUGUUGCAUACAACACCAGCAUUGUAGCUGAUUUCUGAUCACGCAGAGUAAAAGACAUCCAGCAUCCUAUAGCUGGGAGUUGGUAACACGGGUACAGAAGGAGGCACACCUCCUCUUUCCUGCAUUUAACUGUUUGGAUAAAGUGAAUAUAAUGAAACCUUUUUUGACCCCAAAUACUUUGUGGUGAACUGUCUUAAAAUGUUAAAACGCCAUCCACUCUGUUGACGUACGCUGGUUUAAAGGUACGUACUUUUAGUGAAAUAAGAAAAAAGCCUUUUAAGUUACCCAGCCAGCUGUUGCCUUUGUUUUCCAAGUGCAAGCUAUAGCCUCGACUGCAAGGAUUGAAGAGCACCUACAUGUUCUGUAGCUGCCACAAUCCUGUCCUCCAUCUUUGCUCUUGCUUUAAGAGUAUUAAAGCAGCCUGAGUGCCUUUUUUAAUUGGCUAUCUGUACCUCUUCAUUAACAUCUUAUUUCUACCCCUCUUGAUUUGUAUAGAUUCCUGUUCUAGUGUAAUUUUUUGGGAUUAGGAGUCCUGUUAGAUAAAACAGAAAACAAAAAUUUCCCAUGUAGUCUCUUCUUUCUGUAUUUGUUUCCGUUUGGCAUGGUUUGGCCAAAUGGAGGUGAACUGUGAAGUUUUACCAUGAACCAUUGAUAAGUGAAGUCACAGUUGUGAUUUUUUUUAAUUAUGAAAUGCAAAAUCAGUUCCUGCAGAAACCAGUACAGACUUUAAACAUUAAUAAAUAUUUAGAACUACUAAUGAGAGAAUCAGAUUUCUGCAACAAUGUCCUCCUAGAACUAAUAAUUUAGACAUGAAGCCCCCACCCACCAAUCUGUCAGUCAGCAUCUGUAGUCACCAAUCGCAUUCUGCUCUUCAAUUUGCCUUUGCAUUAAACCAUUUAAGAGUAGAGUUAUUGACAGUUCUGAAAUUUGUAAUUCUGAAAAUGAUAGGAUGCCAUUACCUCUACUUUUUGAACCCUUUUAAGUAUUGGUAAUGAUGUUGUGUCUUUUAUAGCAAGGUUCUUUUGAAGAGUAAGGAAUAUUCAAGUUUAACUUCACUUUGUCUACAGAAUAUUAAUUUCACCAUUUAAAUUUUGAGACUUAAUGGUAAACAGCUUGGGAACUAUAUUAGGUUUUUUUGUUGUUGUAAACUAAUGGUUGUAAUCUGUUUUUAAUGUUGUUGCCUGUAGCUGUACCCCUCACAGUGUGCUGGCAGAUUGGCCUGAUGUACAGGCAAUGUGAAGCAAUGGGUCAGAAAAGAUUGCUAGUAACCUCCAGCCUGAGUAACUGCUGUCUCAGAGGCAUCUGUACUUCUGAUCAACUCCCAUACACUCAAACUUUAAGAUAAUCUGUGAUCCAAAUGCAAUAUGGUAGGUGGAAGAAUUCUUUUUAGUUCUGAAAUAAACUGCUAGUCAAGGACCAGUAGUCUGAUCCCUCUGGAAUUUUCCACUAGCUUAUGUAUUUGAGGGCAAGGGAACAAGACCUUGUAAUUUGAACCCCUGGAAGAAAUGAUCACAUCCAAGCUAUUAGUAUUAAGUUUGUAAGUGUAGUUAUAAUUUACCACUGGCAAACACCCAAAAGUCCAUUAAUCCUGGAGCUGUCUUGUUGGAGUGUUGGAUUGGUUAGUUCAUUUGCAAACUUUGCAUUGGUUUUAUUGUAUGGGGACUCUGUGAUAGAACACUGGAUUCUUCCAGCAUUUGAUUCCUUUUCCAGUUUGUGAAAUGAACAACCACUUCUUACACAUUUGGGGAUCACUUUGGGAAAAUGCAGAUAUUUUUCAGGGCUAGAGUCUCAUGUUAAAGUGUAAAGCAUACAUGAAUAGGCACUUUGCACAAAUGGAGUACAGUGAACAUUUCUGUGCAUUAUAUUGCCAACUAUUUGUUAAUCAGCAUUUUUGAAUUUAACGAACUUGCACUUUUUGAGGAGUGGAAUUCUGGGUAUGUGCAGGUGCCUCUCUGACAGACUUCCGUUUUGUUAAUGUGCAAAAGAUUAUAGGGUUUACAAGAUUUAAAAUGCUGUAAGAUAAGUGUCAGUAGCAGAAAGCUGUGUUAAGACCUGAGCACGGGUACCAGCUAUGAAAACACCACCUGUUCUGCAGGUACUUCAUGUAAAAGCAGUUAUGAUUGCAGCAGGUGGGAGUUAGGUUGGGUGGGGAAUGAUGGGAUGGGUGUAGAUGAAAGAAAAGGAAUUGACCAAAAAUAGCAUGUUGCUCUUGUGCUGCAGCUUUCGUCAUCCAUGGAUAAAAGGUGAAGGGAUCGUUCCACACACAUUCACUUCUCGUCUUGUAAAUAAAGAGCCGACGGCAGUGUGCACAUCAGACACAAAAUGUGUUGGACUUUGAGCGUACACACUGCCAUCAUUAACAAACAAGCCUGGUGCCAUGGUUCAACGAUCCCUACCGAAGCACAGAUAAAGUUGAAAAUAUGUAGUAGUAUUAACUUUUGGCCUCUCCUGUGAGAGUUGGCAAUUUACUAGAUUAUCCCCUUGAUAACCACUGACACCAGUGGUUAUCUGGGGAAUGCAAGACUAUGCCGGAGUAUGCAAAUUUUGUUUUGGAUAGGGAAAGAUGCUUUGUGACUUCCCAUUGUUGAGUCAAGUGUGUAAUCACGUCUCUGCCUUAACAAUGAUUUUCAAACUAUAAAAGCCAGUGUUGUAGGCAGAUAGCAGCAGAUGCCUACACCAAACUGCUUUAAGAACUUGGUCAUGAUACAGCUCAAAAAGAUACUACUAAAAUGAAGAACAACAGUUAUCUUCAUUGAGAAGCAUCUUUUUAACAAUGGGGUAAUCCUACAAAAGGGUUGUGCUGUAGCCAUUCACUUUUUUUAAAUCAGUAACUGGCUCCUGGGGAUAAAAUGAGGGUUAUUUUGGGAAGGGCCAAAACUUUUUAAAUAUGGAAUGAGAUGAGAGCAUCUUUCCCUUGUUCUCCGUAGCAUAUUUCUGAUGUGUGAAGUAGCUAAACGUUGGCUCAAAGUAUCAUCGGUUGAGCCCUUCAUGCACAAAGUGACCAAGUCAUCUCAUUCUGUUUUGUUUUGGGGGGGGGGGGCGGGGGGGGGUGGGAUGGGGGGAGUGGGGGAAGCAUGGUCGAUGAUUCUGCUGUUCAGAGGAUUUCAUCUGCAUGAAAGCCAGGUAGUUCAAAAUCUAACAAAUUUAAUGGUGAGAAAUGAUUUGAAAAUUCCACUAUACCACUUGGAAAUACAACUGUCUGCCUCAUGGCCAUCUGAGCAAGCCAUUUUGUUAAUGGCCAUCAACACCAUCCUAGGAUCAGUUAUUUUGACUUGGAUAAUUGGACAUGUUGCUUAUUUUUUCCUUUUUUUUUGUUAUCUUGGCGGGGGGGGGGCGACGAAGAGAUAUUUGGGGAAUAUAGAACUCCUUAUAUUGUGCAGAUGUAGUCCUUUUUGGGAGGGGGAGGGGUUGUGGGUUGUUGAACACAGUUCAAAUAAUGCCAUAUGGAUCUUUACCAAAGUUGGGAGGGGGGGAAGCAACGGGAUUGGGAUUUAAAAACAAACUAAGGGCAAACCUGUCCCAUUUCAGUGUUCAAGAAAAAUUAAGUAUCCCCAGUUUGAACAAAGAUUCUUAAAUUGGCGGCUUAAAAAUAAAGCAUAAUCUCAAACCCUUUGCAUUAAGGACACUGAAAUGUUGGGACUGUUAAAUGGUAACACUUAAGUAAAGUGAAUAGUGUUUCCUAUAUGAAGAAAAGUCUAUUUUAAAUUGAACACACAUUUGGUUCCCUAUAAUGGGUGUAAUUGGCUCUCCAAUAUUCCAGUGAACUAAAAGAAAACUUUACUUUCAUACCAGAACUUUUCUUUAAGGCUGAUGCUAUGUGGACUGGUUGUGAAAUGAUUUGAAUGCUUAUUCAGAAUGAGUUGAGAGAUUGUUAAAAGAAAGCUCCAGUUGCAUUUCGUUCAUUUAAAUAAAACUCACUGGAAUCUC